AUGCACAUCAUGCCAGGCAAACACAUGGCUGGCACCUCUGAUGAGCCUUGCAGGCGAUGCAAAGACAAUAUUUCCGUCCUCGUUGUGCGCUCUGAGCCACUUUGCCAUGACUGUUUUGCCCGCUAUGUGCAUACAAAAUGCAUCAAGCGCUUGGAGUCGUUUCGUGUGAAUUUUGGAGCCGAGCAGCAACGUAGGAUUCUAGUACCCCUGUCGUUCGGCGUCUCAUCUAUAACUCUCCUUCAUAUACUGGAUCUGCAUCUAAAGACGCAAAAGAGCAAGACUGGCCGGACCGGAUUUGAGAUCAGCGCGAUAUACAUCGAAGAUCCGGAGCAGAAAGUGCAGGCUGCUCAGCUGCUCGACAAGGCUCGCGAACAAUACCCGGACCAUCACUAUGCCUCACUGCCGUUGCACGAUGUAUUUCGCAUGGUCCCAGACGAUGCCUCAAUCCGGUCUCUGGUGCCACGGACCGAGGAAACCGUAGGCUGGAGCCCUGAGGAGCAUUUCGUUCGCAUGAUUAAUUCGCUCACAUCGGCAACUGCUCGUGCAGACGUGUUGUCUACCCUUCGAACAAGGCUGAUCGUAGAAUAUGCCAAAUCGACUGGUUGCGAAAGUGUUCUCUGGGGUGACAGCACCACCAGACUCGCUCAAAAGACACUUGCUGAGACCGCGAAGGGCAGAGGUUUCUCUCUGCCUUGGCAAGUCUCCGACGGAUCGUCGCCAUUUGAUCUCAACUUCCAUUACCCGCUUCGAGAUGUCCUAAAGAAAGAGCUAGUAUCUUACAUCAACAUGGCCGAUCCUGGUCUAUCAUCACUUGUUCAUGAGACCUCAUCAGGAGCCACCCAAGCAUCGACAAGCUCAAAGAAUACCACUAUUGACGAUCUCAUGACGCAGUACUUCGAAUCGGUCGAGGAGAACUUUCCAAGUAUCGUUGCAAAUGUCGUACGCACAACAAGCAAGCUUGAGGCUCGACCCGAUGCACUUUCAGACCCAAAAUGCAGCCUGUGUAGUAUGCCUGUACCUGGCGGUCGAUUUGGCAUCCAUGGCUGGGGUGGUGAUCAGCAAGAUGGGGAUGACUUCGAGUCUACACAUGCCAGAAGAGACAUCUGCUAUGGCUGCACAAGGUCGUUGCCUAAAGCCACAAUGAGUACGAUCAGUAAUUGA